AUGUACACGUGGAUGAAGAAGUCAACCAACUCCAGUUCGUCGCAGUCCAGCACCGGCAAAACGCGAACCAAAGACAAGUACCGCGUGGUGUACACUGAGGUGCAGCGGGUGGAGCUGGAGAAAGAGUUCCACUUUGCACGCUACAUUACAAUCAAGCGGAAGUCAGAGCUGGCGCAGCAGUUGGCGCUUUCAGAGCGACAGGUUAAAAUCUGGUUUCAAAACCGUCGCGCAAAAGACCGCAAACAGCAGCGAAAACGGGAGGAGAUGAUGAAGAAGGAGAACAAGAAGGACAACUCUGGUGGCG